AUUUUGUUCAACAAACCGAAAUGGAGUCCUUUUGAUGACUUGGAUUUUGGAUAAAAGAUUGAAUCUCAACGAACUGCAUACGUGGAAGUCUCCCGUAAACCACUGUAAGAUAAGAAAUGUGCGUCCAGGAUUUGAGCAUUUGCGCCUGCGGGCAGAUUAUAAAUACCAUCCAAUUUAACCAGCACGUCCAUUUCUUCAAAUAUCCAAACGCCGCGACCUAUGGCAACCAUCACAAUUGGCAUCAAUCUCACCGCCGCACACAGCGUCUCGACCAUGGCGGCGUCACGCCCGGCGAAGCCCCAAGCCGUUCAGUUGGCGUGUCUAAACAACAACCAUUUCCUGAAGACGAUGUCAAGCGGAUGCGGCGCUGGGAGGGUGCGUGUCCGGCCUGUGGCUGCCGCUUCCGACGGCCUCUCGGAGAAGGUGGCGGAGAGCGUGAAGAACGCAGAGGAAACCUGCGCCGGCGAUCCGGAGAGCGGGGAGUGCGUGGCGGCUUGGGAUGAAGUGGAGGAGCUCAGCGCCGCCGCAAGCCACGCGAGGGAGAGACAGAAAGCGAACAACCCAUCAGAUCCUUGGGAGAAGAAGAAUUACUUCAACGGUAACGACAAGCCAAAGAUCGAGGGCGAUUAGAUCUCAUGUUCAAGUGAUUAUUCAGUUUGUAAUUUUGUAUAAUAUACAAUUAUUAUUGUUAUCUGUGUUGUGGAUAUGCUCUUUAUCUUUCUCUCUAUGAUCAAUUUUCUUAUGGCGUGA